CAUUUUUCUUUUCAAUGCAGUUGGGGUGUCGUGUUAAAGUUUAUAUCCUGGGAGGAGGAGACAUUCUACAAACAUACGUAGAAACGCUCACUCGGUUGUUCUAAGCACUCAAGCCCAUUGAGGUCCACACUUCUCUAAUUCCUGUUCCACACCACCAUGGCUCCCUAUGAUGUUCUGCUUCUCCUUGUAGUGAGUUUCUGCACAGUCCAAGUUUCUAUUCAAGGGGAAAAUGAGCACAGACUGAUUGGACAACUGAUGCACAACAUUGCGGGGGAGAGACCAGUCAUCAAUGAGUCUCAGGUUCUCAAUGUCAAAGUUGGCAUUUACCUCACCCAGAUCAUUGAGUUGGAUGAGACUAGCCAGGUGUUGACGACAAAUAUUUGGCUGACAUUGUCCUGGAAUGACUACCAACUGCAGUGGGAUCCAUCUCAAUAUAAUGAGUUGGACACUGUUCGUUUGGAUAAUGAUGCCCUUUGGAAGCCAGAUAUUGUCCUUUAUAACAGUCCCCACGGGGGUCGCGGGCGCGCUGGAGCCUAUCCCAGCCGUCAUCGGGCAGCAGGCGGGGGACACCCUAAACUGGUUGCCGGCCAAUCACAGGGCAGUAUUCUAAACAGUAUUACAAAAUUAAAUGCACAAGAAAGAUUUGAGACUACUUUCGAUGCCAAUGUCGUUGUUACCUCCUCAGGCAACUGUAACUAUAUACCUCAAGCGAUCUUUAGGAGCACCUGCCAUGUCGAUCUCCGCUGGUUCCCCUUUGACACCCAAAAAUGUGACCUCAAGUUUGGCUCCUGGACUUAUGGGGCCUGGUCUUUGGACUUAACAAUGAGCGAGGCGGUCAUAAGUGAAUACGUUCCUAAUGGAGAGUGGGAGCUUGUUGAGGUCUCGGGAAAGAAGAACAGCCGGAUUUAUGAGUGCUGCGAGGAGCCCUAUUCCGAUGUCACAUACACCAUAGUGAUGCGCAGACGGAGUCUGUUCUAUCUACUCCAUGUGUUCAUCCCCUGUAUCCUGAUCUCCAUUCUGGCCCUGUUUGUUUUCCUGCUCCCUGCUGACUCCGGGGAAAAGAUAACACUGGGAGUUGCGGUCAUGCUGUCCCUCAUACUCUUGAUGAUGUUAGGUGCAAAUGUGAUUCCUGCCAAUUCGGAUUCAGUGCCUCUCAUAGCUCGGUACUUUAUCAUCACCAUGGUCAUUGUUACACUCUCUGUGAUUGUCACGGUUGUGGUCUUACAAUUUCACCAUCAUGACCCUCAUGGAGCCAAGAUGCCUAAGUGGAUCCGUGUGGUCCUCUUUGAUUGGUGUGCCUGGUUUCUGCGCAUGAAGCGUCCUACUGAGGACAGUGCGGACUUCAACGACAGAAUGGUUCAACCGGCCUCACCUGAUUCUGAGUUGGUUGGACAAGCUGGUGAGGGUGAGGUUCUCCUUACCAAAGUUCCGAGCCCCGCAGUUCACAGCCAUGAACCAGAGAUCGCCAGAAUCCUUGAUGAAGUACGCUAUAUUGCCAAACGCUUCCGAGAGCAGCAACAGGGAAAGACUACGCGCAGUGAUUGGAAAUUUGCCGCUCUUGUCAUCGACCGUCUUUGUUUUCUCGUUUUCUUGCUAUUCAUUGUCCUGUUCACCUUGGGGAUUUUUGUGUCGGCACCAAACUGAAGCCACAGUGAAGGCAAACAUUGACAUCAUUUAGCUCAGAAUUUUCCGUUUUCAAGCACGUUGUCUUUUAAAACCAGUAUAUUCUGGUCUUGGAUCACCAAAUACUAGAUUUGGGAGUGUUGCUUAAAUAAGUAUUUUUAUACACUAACUAAUUACCACUAACGAGUUACCUGUUAAGAAAUCUAGUUAGGAACAUAAUUCAAGUAUCAUAAUAUCAAUGUAAUAUAACUUGAUUACUUUUAAUAACGUUUGGAUUCGUUUACACGUUUGCAUGAAAUAUGUAAUAAUAAAUGUACACAUACUCUA